GUGGACAAUGAGGGCCAGAGGUACGGGGGCUUAAAAAGGAUACGCACACAGUUACAGCCAGCAAACCUGGAGAGGGACCAGCCAAAUCAGAGCUACUGAAUGUUUAGGGGGACAGUCUCUUCCCAGAAGUCUCCACAAUGCUGUAUACUUUAGCAGGAGGAGGCACACUCUGUGGUGUUGCCGCCCUCGUGCUUCUCAUAGUUUCUACAGCAACGGACUUCUGGAUGCAGUAUCGAUACUCUGGUAGCUCGGCCAAUCAGGGGCUUUGGAGGUUCUGCAUCAACCACAAAUGCCAUGCCCACACCAUAACUGUAGCUUUCUGGGAUGCCACACGGGCCUUCAUGCUGCUGGCUGUGCUGAGCUGUUUCGCCGGCGUGGUGCUCGGGCUGAGCGCCUUCACUAAUGGCACCAAGAACAGGAGAGUCCGCACAGGUGGCAUCGCCCUCGUCCUGUCAGGUUUUCUCGCUCUGCUGGCUUUGGCAAUUUACACCGGUGUGACUGUUACCUUCUUUGGCAAACGCUUCUUGGACUGGCGCUUUUCCUGGUCCUACAUCAUAGGCUGGGUUGCCAUCAUUUUGGCCUUUGCAGCAGGCGUGUUUCAGCUCUGCGCCUAUCAGCGGACCACUGCAGAACCUGCUCCCUCAAAUAACCCGGACAGCUGAACAACAUAAACACGCUGCUCAGCUUGCAGACUGUUGCAAUGCAUGUCACUGCUGCUUGAGUACCUA